AUGAAGUUCUCACACAGCAUCCAGUUCAAUGCCGUGCCCGAGUGGAGCAACAACUACAUCUCAUACAGCAACCUCAAGAAAUUGUCUGCCGCGCUUCACCAGGCCAAUGCCAUCCAAGAAGACGUCGAGUCAUCACCACUCCUGAAUGGUGACUCCGAAGACCCGGACAAAGUCUUUUCGCGCGCUCUAGAUCAGGAUCUCGAAAAGAUCUGUACUUUCUACCAACUGAAGGAGCUGGAAAUCUACGGAGAAGUCGAGUCGCUACUACGAGAUGAACACGACUUUGAGGAAGAGACAAGAGAGCAGGACGGAGAGCACGAUGCAGGGCCUGCUGCACGGAACGGUACCCUGGCAAAAGCGAGGAAGGCCAGCAUGUUCAAGGGCUUCAGCAUCGGUCGACGCCGACGCGCUAGCACCUUGAGCGGUCACCAGGAAGAAGCCGACAGCGACGACGAGCGCACCGGUCUCACCAAGUCAAACUCUCGGGACGGAAACCCAUACGACAUGUCAGCGAGUUCCAAUGUCGACACCUCAUCGCGCCGCCGCCCGAGCAGCUCCCACGACUUUGACGACCAAGCCCUCGAUGUGCUCUACAAUGAAGGUGUGACUCUCAAGAAGCGUACCGUCAGUCUCUACGUCACCCUAUGCGAGCUGCGCUCCUUCAUCCAACUCAACCAGACUGGUUUCGGCAAAGUCUUGAAGAAGUAUGAUAAAACUCUGGACCGCAAGCUCAAAAACGCCUAUGUCAAGGAGAACGUCGAGACUGCCUACCCUUUCCAACCAGAAACUAUGGAUCGCUUAAACGUCAAUAUCGAAAAGAUCGAGACGGCAUACGCAGACCUGGUAACGAAAGGCGACAUCGGCUUGGCUCGUCGUGAGCUGCGUCUUCAUUUGCGUGAACAUGUCGUAUGGGAGCGCAAUACCGUUUGGCGUGAGAUGAUCGGCAUUGAGCGCAAAGCCCAAGCUGCCAACAUGGGUCUUGGUCAGACCAUGCUGGGUGGUAUCGAGGAUCGUGGUAAGGCACGCUUGCAGGGUGACGAGGAGCAAGAGGCCACCAAGGAGGUUGUGACACCUCUCGGCAAGUACAGAUGCCCACGCUUCCUCUUGUCGAGUACUUUCUACACUCUGGUGGCUGUCAUAGCCGUGUUCUUUGUUCUACUGUUCGCUCCCAUCAUGGAGUCACCAGUCGAGCAGAACUGUUUGGCGCUCGUUGUCCUGGUCAGUCUGCUAUGGGCUACCGAGGCCAUCCCGUUGUUUGUGACGUCCCUGCUUGUACCAUUCCUCGUUGUGGUCCUGCGCGUCGUCAGAUCCGAAGCCGAGCCUCACCGCCGUCUGGAAUCCAAGGCCGCAGCUACAUUCAUCUUUGGAGCUAUGUGGUCCCCCGUCAUCAUGCUUUUGCUUGGAGGCUUCACUAUUGCUGCUGCGUUGAGUAAGCACAAUAUUGCGAAAAUGAUGGCAACAUUUGUGCUCAGCAAGGCCGGCACGAAGCCUCGUAACGUAUUGAUCACUAGCAUGUUCGUGGCCAUGUUCGCGAGUAUGUGGAUUAGCAACGUCGCCGCUCCUGUUCUUUGCUUUUCUAUCAUUCAGCCCAUUCUCCGAAACUUGCCUGCUGACUCGGACAUGUCUAAAGCCCUGCUUCUGGGUAUUGCUCUAUCUUCCAACAUGGGAGGCGCAGCCUCACCAAUUGCCUCGCCCCAAAACUUGAUUGCUCUGCAAAACAUGACCCCUGCUCCUGGCUGGGGAGUCUGGUUUUUCAUUGCGCUUCCAGUCUGCAUCAUUUCCAUCUUUAUGAUCUGGGCCUUGCUCCUGGUAACUUUCCGUCCUGGUCGCAACACCACCAUUGUGCCCAUUCGUCCUAUGAAGGAUAAGUUCACCCCUACUCAAUGGUUUAUCAGCUUCAUCACCCUCCUCACCAUCGUACUUUGGUGUUUCAGUCAUCAACUAGAGUUCAUUUUUGGCGACAUGGGCGUUGUCGCCAUCCUUCCCAUGGUUGUCUUCUUUGGUCUGGGUAUCCUCAAUAAGGAGGACUUCAACAACUUCCUCUGGACCAUCAUCAUUCUGGCUGCUGGUGGUCUUGCGCUUGGAAAAGCUGUCAACUCAUCUGGUCUUUUGCGCACAAUUGCAGUAUCUAUCACCAGUCGCGUAGAAGGCCUAGGCCUCUAUAGUGUACUGGUUGUGUUUGCUGCACUGAUUGGUGUGGUGGCUACUUUCAUUUCUCACACAGUGGCUGCUCUGAUCGUGUUGCCUCUGGUUCAGCAGGUUGGAGAGGGAAUGAGCGAUCCUCACCCUAACCUCCUUGUUAUGGGCAGCGUGCUCAUGGCUUCUGCUGCCAUGGGACUUCCUACCUCAGGUUUCCCCAACAUGAGUAACUNNGCAAUCAUGAUGGAAGAGCCAAAUACUGGCAGACGUUAUCUCCAGGUUAAGCAUUUCAUUACCCGAGGUGUACCUGCCUCAAUCAUGGCCUACGCUGUGAUUAUCACGGUAGGAUAUGGCCUGAUGCUGGCUGUUGGGUUUUAA